AUGUCCCCCACGACAGCCCUCCAAGGCCGCCUGAAAGAGCUCUCAGCCGCCCAGGCAGAUAUCCGGCCCCUAGUGACCCGCCUGCAUGAUUUUACAGCCUCUAUUGGACAGGGCGACGAAGCGCGCUUAGAGCUCGGCGCCGAAAUACACUCCCGACUGAAAGAUGCCGAACAAGAGUUGGAGCUAUUGCGAGUGGAACUCGAGGCCUUGGGGAUUGGAAAUGAUACAAGGAAAAAGGUUUCUGCUGUGCAUGGGGAAAGAGAGGCUGAAAAGGAGCGAAUUGUCGCAAUGGCGGGGCGUUUAGCUGAGGAUCUUAAGAGGACCCGAACUGACUUCCGAAACGCUCAACUACAAGCCAAGCGUAAUGCGGAGCUGGCCAAGCGGAAGGAGAAAGAUAUUCUGCUGUCCAGAUCCAGUACUUCUGAGCAGAAACAACCUUCGGAGAAGCUUACUCAUGACGACCUUGUUCUGAAUGCCUCUAAUGAUGUUACAUCGGCUUUGCGCCGAACUCAUCAACUGAUGCAAUCGGAGCUAUCUCGCAGUCAAUUUGCUCAAGAAACCCUUGAUCAAUCGACGGCCGCAAUCUCAUCACUAUCCGAGUCUUAUAGUGGCCUCGACACACUUCUCUCUUCAUCACGCAGUCUUGCUAAUUCCCUUCUUCGCUCUCAAAAGUCCGAUACUUGGUAUCUGGAAACUGCAUUUUAUAUCUUGAUCGCGACUAUUAGCUGGCUUCUCUUCAGGCGGGUGUUCUACGGGCCACUUUGGUGGUUGGUAUGGCAGCCUCUGAAACUGGUCGCCCGAGUUCUGUUUGCGACGACUGGCGCGGUUGGUCUUUCCAGCACGGCUGUCCAGUCUGUUUCAGGGUCGCUUUCCAGCGGGCUCACUUCGGCCAUCCAAGACACGGCCACGGCGGUUGUGACUGGGACCGUGACCCCAGGGAGCACUGCUUGGGACCACGAGCCCUCCGCACCAAUCGAUAGUGACCGUGUUAUUGAUAAGAUUGGACAAAUGGUAGAGGAGGAAAAUUACAAGGGCGUGGAUAUCGACGAUAUCACACCAGAAGAACGAGCGCGGCAGGAAGAACUCCCUCGAAACCCGAAAAAGCGGAUGUUUGAGGCUGAAGUUGAAGAGCAAAGCUCUCUCGGGAUCAUGGCUGCCUCAUUCUUCAAUAACAAAGCCCGUGCCGCAGCUGUCGCGGCAUCCAGCAGCUCCAAGUCCAAGGCCGGCGAAAACAAGGAAGACUCAACUCGACUCCAGCCAUGGGUUGAAAAAUACCGACCUAAGUCUCUCGACGAUGUUGCCGCGCAAGAACACACCACCAAAGUCCUCCAGCGCACCCUUCAAGCUUCAAACCUUCCCCAUAUGCUGUUCUACGGACCCCCGGGAACAGGUAAAACCUCCACCAUCCUCGCCCUCGCCAAGUCCCUCUUCGGCCCCGCCCUCUAUCGCUCCCGCAUCCUAGAACUGAACGCCUCCGACGAGCGAGGCAUCGGCAUCGUCCGCGACAAAGUAAAGAACUUCGCUCGUGCCCAGCUCUCACAGCCAACAGGAUUAGAUGCUGCCUACCGCGCCCAGUACCCAUGCCCACCAUUCAAGAUCAUCAUCCUCGACGAGGCAGACAGCAUGACACAAGACGCGCAGUCCGCGCUGCGUCGCACAAUGGAGACAUACAGUCGAAUUACCCGUUUCUGUCUUGUCUGCAACUAUGUCACACGCAUUAUCGAGCCACUCGCAAGUCGAUGCAGCAAGUUCCGCUUCAAGAUGCUGGAUAAUAGCGCUGCGGGCUCGCGCGUGGCUAAUAUUGCCGAGCAGGAAGGCUUGGAGCUUGAGGAUGGUGUUGUUGAUACACUUAUUCGGUGCGGUGAGGGUGAUUUGCGUCGUGCAAUCACUUACUUGCAGAGUGCGGCGCGUCUUGUUGGCGCUGCGAAUGCUCCGAGCAAGGAUGCUGAUGAUGAUGCCGAGAUGACUGAUGCGGGAUCUAGCCGUCUCAUUACUAUUAAGAGUAUCGAAGAGAUUGCUGGUGUUGUGCCGGAUAGUAUUAUCGACUCGCUUGUUAAGGCUAUGCAGCCUACCAGCGGGGCUUCGGCAUAUGAGGCUGUGUCGAAGGUUAUUACGGAUCUUGUGGCGGAUGGUUGGAGUGCCACGCAGGUUCUUGGACAGCUCUACCAAAACGUCGUUUUCAGCGAGACUAUACCUGAUAUUCAGAAGAACAAGAUCGUCAUGCUCUUCUCUGAGAUGGACAAGCGGCUUGUUGAUGGAUCUGACGAGCAUCUUUCCAUGCUAGAUCUGACGCUACGGAUCGCUGGUAUCCUCCGUGGAAACUGA